AUGUGUAUGGACGAGCCGGAGGACUGUGGUGGAGCGUGUAAUGAAUAUGGGGAAGACAACGGCAGUGACGGCAACAUCACGGAGUCUGAUGAGGGCGAGUCUCCAUCUGGCACGAACGAUGCAUCGGCGCAAUCCAACGAGACAUCUCAAGCGCAAGAGACUGUUGGCGCAGCAGCGAUAUCUACGCCACAGCCAGCGCCUCCACGUAAUCUUGAUGCUGGAGGGCCUCGUUACUGGGAGGAUCAAGAUCUAGACUUUGGUGAAGAGCCAGGGGAAGACCACCAGGACCGCUCAUGGAACUGUGACCACAGCUUCGAAACCUACAGAAUCCCCCUCGCAAAAGCUCUAAUCAACGAUUCCGCGGCUGAGAUGGAAUGUAGAUCGAAGCACCAGAUGCUCCCUCAAAAGGCAUUAUUAGAGUGCCGACUGUACCAGCAGGCGCAGCAACAAGGGCUCCAGCAGGAUUCGCGAGAGGCCACGGACGAGGGACAGGACGAAUACGAGGGCGACGACAAUAUAUACCUCCCCGCGGACUCGUCCAACUAG